CGGAGUGGGACGCGGGCUAGCGACACUGGGGAAGGGGCGCUGCCCCGCCGCCCGAGUUUCCCCCUUUCCAGGGUGAGGAGGAUGGUCUUCUACAACAACCUGGAGUUCUUUAGUUGAAAGGUGCGCUCUGUCGAAACGAGGCAUUUUGCUUUGCUGUCUUUUUACAGCAUGGACACCAAAUUGCUAAAAACGUGCUUUGGGACUGCCAGUGAAUUUAUCUUUUGCGGUUUUACUACAAACUUAGUAGUUCCCUUUUUUUUGAGUUAAUGUUUUGGAGUUAAUGUCACAAUGAGUUCAGGCUUAUGGAGCCAAGAAAAAGUUACUUCACCCUACUGGGAAGAGCGGAUUUUUUAUUUGCUUCUUCAAGAAUGCAGUGUUACAGACAAACAAACACAAAAGCUCCUUAAAGUACCAAAGGGGAGUAUAGGACAGUAUAUCCAAGAUCGUUCUGUGGGGCACUCGAGGAUUCCUUCUGCAAAAGGCAAGAAAAAUCAGAUUGGAUUAAAAAUUUUAGAGCAACCACACGCAGUUCUCUUUGUUGAUGAAAAGGAUGUUGUAGAAAUAAAUGAAAAGUUCACAGAGUUGCUUUUGGCAAUUACCAAUUGUGAAGAGAGGUUCAGCCUGUUUAAGAACAGAAACAGACUAAGUAAAGGCCUCCAGAUAGAUGUGGGCUGCCAUGUGAAAGUACAGCUGAGAUCUGGGGAAGAAAAAUUUCCUGGAGUUGUGCGCUUCAGAGGACCCUUAUUAGCAGAGAGGACAGUGUCGGGAAUAUUCUUUGGAGUAGAAUUACUGGAAGAAGGUCGUGGCCAAGGUUUCACUGACGGGAUAUAUCAAGGGAAACAGCUUUUUCAGUGUGAUGAAGACUGUGGAGUAUUUGUUGCGUUGGACAAGCUAGAAAUCCUAGAAGAUGAUGACAAUGGAUUGGAAAGUGAUUUUGCAGGUCCAGGGGACACAAUGCAGAUGGAACUUCCCCCUCUGGAAAUAAACUCCAGAGUUUCUUUGAAGCUUGGAGAAACUAUAGAGUCUGGCACAGUUAUAUUCUGUGAUGUCUUGCCAGGAAAAGAAAGCUUAGGAUAUUUUGUUGGUGUGGACAUGGAUAAUCCUAUUGGGAAUUGGGAUGGCAGAUUUGACGGAGUGCAGCUUUGUAGUUUUGCAAGUGUUGAAAGUACAAUUCUCUUGCACAUCAAUGAUAUCAUCCCAGCUUUAUCAGAUAGCGUGACACAGGAAAGGAGGCCUCCCAAACUUGCCUUUAUGUCAAGAGGUGUUGGGGACAAAGGUUCAUCCAGUCAUAAUAAACCAAAGGCCACAGGAUCUACCUCAGACCCUGGAAAUAGAAACAGAUCUGAAUUCUUUUAUACUUUAAAUGGAUCUUCUGUUGACUCACAACCACAAUCCAAAUCAAAAAACACAUGGUACAUUGAUGAAGUUGCUGAAGACCCUGCAAAAUCGCUUACAGAGAUAUCUCCAGACUUUGGACACGCUUCACCACCCCUGCAGCCUCCUUCCAUGAACUCAUUAUCCACUGAGAACAGAUUUCACUCUUUACCAUUCAGUCUGACAAAGAUGCCCAAUACCAAUGGAAGUAUUGGCCACAGUCCACUCUCUCUGUCCGUUCAGUCCGUGAUGGGAGAGCUAAACAAUGCACCUGUCCAGGAGAGUCCACCCUUGGCCAUGACUUCUGGGAACUCACAUGGUCUGGAAGUGGGCUCUCUGGCUGAAGUUAAAGAGAAUCCGCCUUUCUAUGGGGUGAUCCGUUGGAUUGGUCAGCCACCAGGACUCAACGAAGUGCUAGCUGGACUGGAACUGGAAGAUGAAUGUGCGGGCUGUACGGAUGGAACCUUUAGGGGCACUCGGUACUUCACCUGUGCCCUGAAGAAGGCGCUGUUUGUUAAACUGAAGAGCUGCAGGCCCGACUCUAGGUUUGCCUCUCUGCAGCCAGUUUCCAAUCAGAUUGAACGCUGUAAUUCUCUAGCAUUUGGAGGCUACUUGAGUGAAGUAGUAGAAGAAAAUACCCCACCCAAAAUGGAAAAAGAAGGUUUAGAGAUAAUGAUUGGAAAGAAGAAGGGUAUCCAGGGUCAUUAUAAUUCUUGUUAUUUAGACUCAACCUUAUUCUGCUUGUUUGCUUUUAGUUCUGUUCUGGACACUGUGUUACUUAGACCUAAAGAAAAGAAUGAUGUAGAAUAUUAUAGUGAAACUCAGGAGCUACUGAGGACAGAAAUUGUUAAUCCUCUGAGAAUAUACGGAUAUGUGUGUGCAACAAAGAUUAUGAAGCUGAGGAAAAUACUUGAAAAAGUUGAGGCUGCAUCAGGAUUUACCUCUGAAGAAAAAGAUCCUGAAGAAUUCUUGAAUAUCCUGUUUCAUCAUAUUUUAAGGGUAGAACCAUUGUUAAAAAUAAGAUCAGCAGGUCAAAAAGUACAAGAUUGUUACUUCUAUCAAAUUUUUAUGGAAAAAAAUGAAAAAGUUGGAGUUCCUACAAUUCAGCAGUUAUUGGAAUGGUCUUUUAUCAACAGUAACCUGAAAUUUGCAGAGGCACCAUCAUGUCUGAUUAUUCAGAUGCCUCGAUUUGGAAAAGACUUUAAACUGUUUAAAAAAAUUUUUCCUUCUCUGGAGUUAAAUAUAACAGAUUUACUUGAAGAUACCCCCAGGCAGUGCCGGAUAUGCGGGGGGCUCGCCAUGUACGAGUGUAGAGAGUGUUAUGAUGACCCUGACAUCUCCGCUGGAAACAUCAAGCAGUUUUGUAAAACCUGCAACACUCAAGUCCACCUUCAUCCCAAGAGACUGAACCAUAAAUAUAACCCGGUGUCACUUCCCAAAGAUUUACCUGACUGGGACUGGAGGCACGGCUGCAUCCCCUGCCAGAAGAUGGAAUUGUUUGCUGUUCUCUGCAUAGAAACAAGUCACUAUGUCGCUUUUGUGAAGUAUGGGAAGGAUGACUCUGCCUGGCUCUUCUUUGACAGCAUGGCGGAUCGGGAUGGCGGCCAGAACGGCUUCAACAUUCCUCAAGUUACCCCAUGCCCAGAAGUGGGAGAGUACCUGAAAAUGUCUCCGGAGGACCUGCACUCCCUGGACUCCAGAAGAAUCCAAGGCUGCGCACGGAGACUUCUCUGUGAUGCGUACAUGUGCAUGUACCAGAGCCCAACCAUGAGUCUGUACAAGUAAUCGGGGUCGCGUCUGGGCAGGGGCAGGGGCAGCGGCCGAAGGCAAGGUUGUCGUGUCACACUGACCCGAGCUAGCAGUUCUGUUCUGCGUCCAUUGCCGGCAAUGGAUGUCUUUGUGGUGGUGAUCCUGCCGAAAGGGAGUCCUGUGUUUAAAAAAACAAAUUGCUUUUGUGUUACUGAAGUAUUUAAUAAGAAGCAUUUUGCACUCUAGAAAGUAUGUUUGUGUUGGUUUUUUAAGAAGUCUAUCUAAAUGAAGUUAUUAAUACCUGAAGCUUUAAGCUAAGUGCAUUGAUCAUACGAUAUUUUUGGAAGCAUAAAAUUUUAAUUGUGACAGUUUAAAACCUCUUUUAGUCCAUUGGGAAUGUAAAUAAAUGUGUCUUCUUUAUGGACCAAGGAUAUGAAAUCAUUUUUCCUUUUAGCUAAUGGUUGCCUUGAGGAAGAAAUAUGUUGGUUUUAUUAAGAGUCUACUUUCAAUCCAGUUAUGAAAAUUGUACUGAGUUUGAUUUGUUAAUUCUCUCCUAUAUAGUGCCGAGCCCUGCAUGCCCGCACCCCACUGAGCUUCUCUGUCUCCGCAGUAGUGGCCAGAAAAGUACUUAAAUCCCUUUAAUGGUGUUGUUUCCUAUUUGUUCUGGUUUUGAGAUAUCUUAGUGAUUUUUGUCAUAAAACGUCUAUUUUUGAUGUAAUUUUCCUGGGGGGUUCGAAUAUAUAGCAAUUGAAGCUCUUCAUUCACACCAGUAACUGUCAGCUGAGAGGUUUGUUUGGGUGUUUUUUUUUUUUUUUCGUAAGGCUCUCUAACUAUUUUGUGGAACAGGGCACAAUGAAUUUUAUUAAAGGGUUGGGGUGAUAAGUAGAUUUCUACACAAAUAUAUGGCCCAUCAGAAAAUAAAUUUGAAUCUGGAAUACUCAUUAAAAUCUCCCUGAAGAGAUGUAUUGGCUUUUUAAACCUCUCCUGUUGUGAGGAAGACCGUCCAGAACGUAAGUGAGGUCAGCCAGUCUGCUCACUAAAUCCAGCUUGAUUUCAUGGGAGAUCAUGGCAGUUACGAAUCAGAUACGUUACUGAAAUGUUUGCAGCAGCUUCAUCCUUCUUCUGGUGAAAUAAGUAGAACAUGGAUGUGUUCUUAGCUCAUGUUCACAGCGCGUGUCUAGACCACGAGUGGAUGUCGUAGACUAGAACCGCAGAUUAUAAAUGUCAGUGCUGUGGAAUGUGCUUCGGUCUGUGUUUUCUCCGAGUGUCCUUUUGUGGUAUUGUUGUCCUUCUGGAAAGACUUCCUAACCAUGCAGAAAGACAGAAGAGUUGUCAUGUGUAUAUAGCAUGUGACUUCAUAAAUCAUUUAAUGUAAAAAAAAAAAGUAGAAAGAGUCUUUAUAAACCCUGCAAUUAGUUUUUUUAAAGUCACGUUUACCUUUCGUUCUAUCAUUCCAUUUUGCUGAUACUUAUUAGCUUUAUAAAUUGUAGCAAGGUAGAAAAACUCUUUCAUCUUGUAAUUUUUUCAUUUUUGAAAUGAAAAAGCACAUAAAUUUUGCAUGAGGUUUUGCUAAAUGCUUGGGUGGGGCCGGGAGGCGGAUACUGGGUCAGGGGUUGGGGGUGAGGAACCCAGGCUAUGGGGCUGGUACCGCUCCUGUCCACCUCGGGUAACAAGGGAGGGGCCUGGGGUGCACGAUAUCUGAGGUCUCUUCCGGCUCUCACCUUCUACAAGACCAGUCACCCCUUAGUAAAGCGGUGUUGAGUGAAUAAAUGGAUGAAUGAGCUUAACAGUGUGAUUUUUAAAAUGAUUAUCUGGAGGAAUGACCAGGAAUCUCUAUCUAGGUAAGAAUGAAUUUAACGGUUAAAAAAGAGGAGAAAGUUCCUUUUCUUUGAAACAAAAUGUACAUUCAAGAAGGUCUGUCCUCCCUGGCCUCUUACAGCAGAAGGCUUGGAGAAGACCCAUAUGGAUACAUGCACAGGUUUCCCCCUCUGGGAUAUGGAGGCUCUUUCCAGGGGGAGGGGCCACAUCCAUAAAUUAUUUCUAAGGAUAUUUCCUUCAGAUAGAACCUUAUGUCCUUUCACUGUUACCUGGGGGAGGGAGCGCUCAGUAAGGGGAAGCCCGGACCAGCCGUGGGCGCUCUCUGUGGAGGGCUGAGGCUCUUCCCCUGGCCCUGAAUGGUCCCUCGCCCUGUCCUAGCAGAGCCUGUGUGGCAAGUGGGCACCCUCAGGGCUGGGCUAUAUGGCCCCAGUGGCUCAUGUACCUGGUGAUUUGUUUAAUUUGUAGCCUUAAAUUUCCUUUAAUACUUUCCUGUUGGCUUCUAAAAUGUUUUGGUUCUCCCUUUUCCCAUAUCCUAUCUAAAAUCAAGAUGGCAAUAGAGUAGAACUAUUUAUAACAUGGUGUAUGAUUCAUAGCUACAAAUAGAAAAUGUAACAAGUCCUGUUCGCCCACCUCCCAACUAAAUUCACACUUGUAAGUUUGUGUGUGUGUGUGUGUGCGUGUGUGAGAG